GCAACACAGCGCUCCAUGACUGCGCAGAGUCGGGCAGCCUGGAGAUCAUGCGGAUGUUGCUGCAGUACGGCGCCACCAUGGAACAGGAUGGCUACGGCAUGACUCCCCUCCUCUCUGCCAGCGUUACAGGCCACACUAACAUCGUAGACUAUUUGACGACACACGUGCAGACGAGACACACGGAGCGCAUUGACGCCCUGGAGCUGUUGGGAGCUACUUUUGUAGACAAGAAAAGAGAUCUGCUCGGAGCUUUAAAAUACUGGAAGAGAGCCAUGGACCUCAGGUACCUGGACAGUAACAACAUUGUCCAGAAACCAGAACCCAAGCAGCUCAUCAUGGCAUAUGACUAUGCCAGGGAGGUGAGACGAUCUUUUAUUUUAUUUUUUUCAAUUCUUUAUUCAUUUCAUUAAAGCAAAACAAACAAUUUUAUA